AUGGCCUUCUCACUCGUCGUCGAUGACGUGACGCUCAUCCUGUUGCUGCUCAUCACAGUCACGCUCUCCCUCACUCUGUACAUCUCCAGCCAAUAUCAACCCAGCAUACAUCCACUCAUCUUGUCCCGCCAAGCUGAUGUAUCCCAAGUGCAUGGCAAGGGCGAAUCGCCAAAGUACAGAAAUGCAAACUCGCCCGCUGGUUUCAACCUGGCCGAAAGACCUCGACCCUCCAUCGUGGAUGUGCCCGCAAUCGUGGCUCACGGAGUGACGGUGGAGGAGGAGCAGGCAAAGAAGAGCAAAAAUGGCGAGGUUGAACCCAUCCAGGCACAGACUCUGUACGGCAGGGAGAUCGGUUCGGUGGGUCAGCUGCGGGAUCAGGCCGCAGCUUUCGCAGCUGGGCUAGUCAAAAGCGUUCACUCCAGUGACGCCAGCUUUUCGCUGGCUGUUUGCGCUCACAACGACUCUCUGGAGAGCUUGACCGCGCUGAUUGCAGCAUCUCACCAGACCACCAUCGACUCGACGCCUUUCUCCACCCUCGUGACGCCAGCCGGAGGUGAGAGGAUGCCUGUACUACCCUCAGGCGUCGGGCGCAUUGCAGCCAUCUUCACCACCCUCGACGCUCUCGACGAUGCAGUACAGAUCAGUCUCGACGACUCUGCGCUUCUAAUACUUCCUACUCAAUCCGACGCCGAGGUUGCAUCCGGCAGAUCGAGGCGUCGCGUUGUUUCUUUCGAACAAAUGCUUUCGGCUGGCGCUGGCGCUCGAAUGCCUACGUUUGGCACAGAACCCGAGCGUUUGUCACUGGCUUCUCGUGUGCAUUCGCAUUACUUGCUCGAAGGGCACUGGGUCCCCGUGACCAACGAGAAGCUCACCGCUGGACUGGUUGCGCAGCUUGGGUUCUUCCCAGGAGACGCCAUUCCCAAUGCAGAGGAUCACAUCUUUGUGGAGCGGCACUCCUCACUCCUAGCCACCGCUACACCAGCUGGUCUGGUCCUGGCUUUGCUUGCGGUCUUCACUCGAGCCUCGCUCACUGUGGAUGCGCUCGUCAGCAGUCCAUUCGACUCUCGCCCUGCUGUCACUGGUGCUCUCACCGAUGCGAAGCCAACGCUGCUCUACGUGUCCAUGAAAGGAGCUUCAAGUCUGAGCGCGGCGCUGACGGAGAGAGCCCGACGCACGCCGCUCGCUGGACCUGCUCUGCGUCUCAAGCUCGGCGGCCUUCGCCACGGCGCCCUAUCUCAGACCGGCUUGGCCGAUAGGCUGGUCUUUGACGAUGUGCGGCAAGCUUUGGGGCUCCGUCGACUUCGCUCGGCGCUCAUUUUGGGGGAUGGAAAUGCGUCUCAAUCUCUUUUGGAUACUUUGCGAGGCAUCUUGGGUGUUGCAGUCAUGCAGGCCUGGUUGCCAUCAAAUCUUUUGACGUCUUCUGUGACGGGAGUAAAGGUGGCUGCGACGGCGCCAUUGUCGGCCACUCACUCUUUGGAUCUGCAAGCUUUCGCCGAUCACUCGAUCAACUCCCACAGCGCACCUUAUCACUCUGGUCCACCUGCCGUCAGUAUCGAGCUCAAGCUUGUCGAAAGUGCUGCAGCGAAAGAGGAAGGCUACGUCGGCCGCUGUCUGGAAAAGGGAAGGGAAGGUGAUUGGUCAGGUGAGGUCUACGUUGCCGGUACCACCCUUGCCGGUGCGAAUGAAGAGAGCGAAUACUGCUCCUCGAAGAGUAUGGGCACAGUGAGACCCAACGGAACUCUCGUCCUUCUGCAAGAUCCCCUUAAGACUCCAUUGGCCAACGUCGGAACGCUCACAGGGAAAUGGGCGUCCACACUUCCCAGUCGCAGAAAGACUAGCCAGCCACACAAGUGGUCUGCUGUAGCGCCUGUCGGUGUCUUGGCCAUGAUGCUCUUUUGCGCCCUGCCCACCGCUACAGCGGUCAACGUAAACAGCACCAAUCUGGAGCUGGCCCGACUUUCCAUGCUCGUCUCACAGAGGGCUUCCUGGGAGCAGGGCACCGCUCAAUCGGCGCUUCUUGAGCUUGAUGCCGGUGGCUGGUCCGUCUUCACAGCAGAGCGCGGUGGUCCCCCGUACUCGCCUCGCAGGGCUUCGAGUCGCGACCUGUCUAACCCGCCUUUACCGGUGAUGGCGAUGAGCUACCACUCCGUGUCUGCUCAGGAUGGUCUUGGUAAGCUUUGCAGUCGUAUCAGUGGAGACGAAAACAGGACAGCCGGAAGCGCUCUGGAUCCUGCUUCUUGUCUCGAAGGAGUCCUCGUCAGCGCCUUUGCUAGCGGUCAGAUCAGUGGCUCGACGCUGGGCUCGGGCUACUACGCCCAAGCGGCUAGAAGGAUGAUCGACUACCUCCUCGAUACGGCUCCAAGGACAGUCGACGGGGCAAUCAGUCACCGAGCAAGCUCUUUGGCUCUUUGGUCAGACGCCAUUUACAUGCUGCCCCCGGCUCUCGCUUCUUACGGCCUUAUUACGAGCAACCAGAGUAUGCUGCAGGAAGCAUAUGACCAAAUUCGAUGUGAGCACACGUGUCUAGAUUGAGCUCUUUUUGCCAGAUGGCAGCUUGUACUGCAUCUGCACUGGCUGUCCGUCACACGUUUCCUGAGCAUGGCAGUCCCUUGCCACUCUUUCUCUCUUUGUCAUCCCAUCUCUUCACAUCACGUCCACCGCAAUUUCCCCCUUCUCUUCCUUUCGCUUUCAAUCCUGCUGCCUAAUCGGCGCACCACCUUCCCUUUUGCGUUGUCGCCUGAUCGGCACAAAUGAUGAAUGCGGUACUCGCCGAUUCAAAACACAUCACAGUAUAUCGAGACGGGCUUCUGAUAACGAGCGGACAAGCGUCGGGGAUGUGGAACCAUAUCAAUGAUAUCACGACUCCGAACGCGAGCGACUUGGGGGCCUGGUUGACGGGCCAAGGAUGGGCGGUGAGCGGCAUGAGUAGGGUGCUAGCUUCCUUCUCCCAUUCCAAUUUCGACUUGACCACUGAGAAGGAGGACAUUGUGGAAUGGGCCAAGGAGAUCAUGGACGCUUCGUACAGCUUUGCCGACCCUAGCACCGGAUUGAUUCGCAAUUAUGCCAACGAGACGGAGGAAUUUUUGGAUGCGGCGGGAUCUGCACUGCUGGCUGCUGGCACCUUCCGAAUCGCUUCCAUCACGGGCGAUCGGACGCACGUCGCAUCGGCGGAAAAAAUUUAUCAAACCACCAGUCGUUCUCUGAACAAUAUAGGAAGCUUUGCCGGAAGGUUGGAAACGGUCGACGCUCUGGGAUUCACCUUUGCGGGAGAAACUUCUCCUGAAGCGGUAGCUGCUCAGAUGCUUCUUGCUGCUGCUAGACGCGACCAUACCGCUGGCAACGUUACUGGCCUCAAUGGUCCCGGAACAGGCUUCGAGGGCGGCGCGUUGAGCUCGGCUCAUUUGCCUUCCACUCUUGUCGCUCUGCUCGCCGUCGCCUGCGCGAGCGCAGCCAUACUUCUGUAG